GGAUUUUGAUUUUAAGAUUCGAAUUAUAGGGUUUUGAUUUUAGGUGUAAGAUUUCGAGUUUAAUUUGUUUUUUGUAUAAUUUUAUUGAAUUUUGGUUUUAGAGUUUAAGUCUAAUUUUAAUUUUAUUUGAUUCAGAUGUCUUCUCGAGACCAAAACGGGUCUGUAAACCAAAAUGUUUACAGCCAAUUCAUAUCAUCUCAAGGUUUAUCUCCUCCCAUCUCUGCUCGAGGGAUAUGCUCUACUGGCCCUGCUCAAAGGUUACCUUCUCCUGCUUCUUCUCAGGGAACCUCACCGGCAACACAAGAUAACCAUAAUGCAGUCUUUGCGGGGGUGCAAAAUGAUCUUCCUCCUCAGCAAUCAACUUCCUGUGUCAACAGUGUAAGUGCCUCUCAAACUUUUUUCACUUUGGAAGAGUUGCUUGCAAGUCCUGGGCGUGCUGGCUUAACAAAACUGGAUCCUAAUCGACCUCCGGGUACACUAUGGUUUGACCAGGAUUCUUUGGUUGGUGCUACUGUCCGGGCCAUUUUUGAAAGAGAUUUCAAAUCAGCUCAUGCCAAUUGGACCCAAACACCAUGUCCGGUUGUAAACCGGUGGUUUGAAACUUUUGCGCAAACAUAUAAUUGGGAUGCGUCCAUCAAUGAAAGAGUUAGAGCUGAGUUUGAAAAGAAGUUGAAGUCCCGGAUGAGUGAUCAAGUGUCUCGUUGGAAGGGUAAGUGGAAGAAGAAAGGUAAUGACGCAAUGCCGCGGUGGCUUGAUCCUACCGUAUGGGAUGGUUUGGUCAAGUUUUGGUGUGAACCAAAAUCAGAAGCAAAGAGUAUCAAUAGCCAUAAUGCUCGCUAUAGUGAUCCAGAUGGCACCGGAAUACAUAAGCACCGUUCUGUUCAGACCUCUUUUAAAGCCCGAGCACGAAAGCUUUCUGAGAGGACUGGUGAGCCACUACCUGAUUUCCUGCGAGUCCUAGAAGAUACUGUCUGAGAAGGUAUACAAUGAAGUGUCGUCAAAGAUAGCUGAAGCUGAGUCUGAGCUAUUAUCAGCGGAUAACAUGGAGAGUAGUGCUUCCGGAGGGUUAUCAGUCAUUGUGAAGAACCAAAUUUAUGCCGAGGUUGCUCCGAAGAAAAAGAACCGGAUAUAUGGGGUUGGUAACAUGCAAGCAGAAGCAUCUUCAGCUCAAAUUGGUCAACCGCCUCCUCCUUCUGAAGAUCCACUCGUUCUAGCUGCGAAGCUUGCUGCUGCCGAAGCUGCUCUUGCAACUCAGGCAACUCAACUACAAGAAAAUUCGGAGAAGAUGCAUAGUUAUGAUGCAUACUUCGAAUAUCUUGCAGAGAAAGAUCCGGACUUUGCUGCUAGAUUUCCCAGAGAAGAUUCAGUGACCAGACCUGUGACCAGAGAUGCAACCACCGGAGAACCUACCACCGGACAGUAAUAAACACUCAUGAACUCUCUUUUAUCCUUUGAACCUCUCAUAUGUAAUGAUCUCUCUUUUAUCUUUUGAACCUCUCAUGUGUAGAACAUAAUCGGUUAUUAGGAUUUGUUA